UCUCCCUCAUCAUCAUCACAACAAUUCAAUAAUCACAUCUAUUUCUAUCUCUUAAUUAAUUAAGCAUGGCUGAUAAUAAGCAACCAAACUUGAACGGAGCCUACUACGGACCAGCCAUUCCACCGGCUGAGCCGCCACGGCGCUACCGCCCUGACCGAAGCAGAAGAAGCUGCUUCUGCUGCCUAUUCAGCGUCUUCUGGAAGAUUCUUCUUGCGCUCAUCGUGCUGGUGGUGAUAGCAGGAGUGAUAUUCUACCUGGUGGUUCAACCUCGCAUAUUCAAGUUCUACGUCAACGAAGCAGAGAUAACGAAAUUCGAUUACAACAGCAACACCACCCAACUCCGCUACAACAUGGUGCUCAACUUCACCGCCCACAACCCAAACAAGAAGCUCAGCAUCUACUACGACAAGGUUUUAGCCGAAGCCUUCUUCAUGGACACGCAAUUCGCCACUUCCGACGUCAUCACUUUCAUGAACUCCUUUAGGCAAUACAAGAAGCAAACCAACGCCAUGACCGGUGUUUUCUCCGGAGAACAGAACACUUUUCUUGAUUAUAGCCGCUACUCACAGAUCAGCGAUGACAAGAACAGUAGGUCUUUUGAUAUCUACGUGAAGCUCUACUUCAGGAUGAGGUUUAGGCUUGGUGAUGUUAUUACUCGCACUUACAGGCCCAAAGUGAAGUGUGAUCUCAAGGUUCCAUUCGUCAAUGGCACCAAUGCUUUCACCUUCUUUACGCCCACCAAGUGCGAUAUUGAUUUCUGAUUCUUACGUUUAGGGGUGGCAAUGCGUAAUUUAGACAAUCCUAUUCGACCAAAUAUUUUAUUCAUUCUUUAUUUGACUUGGUAA